CCGCUGCCGGAGUUCGUGGGCGCGGGCGGGGGCGAGGGCAUCUUCCGCGUGCCGCGCCGCGCCGCCAUGCACCCGGGCCGCCCGCCGGCGCUCGAGGUGCGCCCGCACCCGCCGCGGGAGACGCAGGUGUGCUCCUUCCUGCGCGCGCUCGCGUGCGCGCCGCGGCUCCGGCAGCUCUGGGCCGGCGCGGAGUCCGGCGUUCGCAUGUGGGGCCUGGACAGGGUGUUCGACGGGUGCGGCGUCCCGGGCGCGCGCCGCGGGGACGAGGAGAGCGCGCCGUUCGCCGAGUCCGCGCCCGCGCCGCCCGCGCUCUGCGUCGCGGUCGACGGCGCCAACAGGCUCGUGUGGACGGGCCACAGGGACGGGAGGAUCCGGUCCUGGCGCAUGGACCUCGCCGCGGCGCCGGCGGGAGAUGACGGCGAGGAGGCGCCCAUGUUCAGGGAGGCCCUGACGUGGCAGGCGCACGGCCGCGCACCCGUGCUCUCCAUGGUCGUCACAUCGUACGGUGAAAUAUGGUCAGGCACCGAAGGGGGUGUUAUUAAGGCAUGGCCUUGGGAUGCCAUUGCUAGGUCCCUCUCACUAACACCAGAAGAAAAACAUAUGGCUGCUUUGCUGGUUGAACAAGCGUAUAUUGACCUUAGAAACCAUGCCACGGUUGGUAACAUGUCCUCUUUGCCCACUAAUGAUGUGAAACACAUGCUUGCGGACCAUUGUCAAGCAAAAGUUUGGACUCUAACUAGCAUGACCUUUGCUCUUUGGGAUGCUCGGACAAGGGAGCUGUUAAAAGUGUUUGGCAUGGACGGCCAAGUGGAGUCAGCUCGUCUAGAGCCACCAGUGAUGCCAGAACAAUUUAUAGAGGAAGAAAUCAAAGUAAAACCCACAAAGAAAGAGAAACCCCAAAGUUCUUUCACAUUUUUCCAGAAAUCUUGGAGUGCCUUGAUGGGGGCAGGUGGUGCAGUACGCAGAGUUGCGACAAAAGGGACAUUCGUCGAAGAUAACCGCCGUAUAGAAGCAGUGGCUCAAGCAAUGGAUGGAGCAAUUUGGUCAGGUUGCACAGAUGGUUCGAUUAUCAUGUGGGAUGGAAACGGGAAUUGGUUACAAGAGUUCCAGUAUCAUAAUUCAUCUGUUCAAUGCAUAAAGGCACUUGGAGAAAGGGUGUGGGUGGGCUAUGCCAGUGGUACUAUUCAAGUAAUGGAUGUUGAAAGUAACCUUCUGGCAGAAUGGACAGGACAUAGCUGUCCAGUCAUACAGAUGGCCAUUGGUGGUUCUUACAUCUUUACGCUGGCCCAGCAUGGUGGUAUUCGAGGAUGGCCUCUAACUUCCCCUGGCCCUCUGGAUGAUAUUUUGCGAACUGAGUUGACGAACAGGGAGAUGUCCUAUACAAGGAUAGUGAACAUUAAAAUGCUGGUUGGAACAUGGAAUGUUGCGCAGGAGAAAGCAUCUCCUGAUUCACUUUGUUCAUGGCUGCGUAGUGCAUCAUCGGAUGUUGGCUUGGUGGUUGUUGGCUUGCAAGAGGUAGAAAUGGGUGCUGGAGUUCUUGCCAUGGCUGCAGCUAAAGAAAGUGUAGGGCUUGAGGGAAGUGCUAAUGGUCAGUGGUGGAUAGACAAUAUUGGCAAGACACUUGAUGAAGGGAUAUCCUUCCACCGAGUUGGCUCGAGGCAGUUGGCUGGAUUACUUAUUGCUGCAUGGGCAAGGACAGACCUGAAGCCACAUGUUGGUGAUGUUGAUGCUGCUGCUGUGCCAUGCGGCUUUGGACGCGCUAUUGGCAACAAGGGUGGUGUUGGGUUGAGAAUUAGGGUUUAUGAUCGCAGAAUAUGUUUCGUGAACAAUCAUUUUGCUGCACAUCUAGAAAACGUUACCCGUCGUAAUGCUGAUUUUGAUCAUAUUUAUCGGACAAUGAACUUUAACAAGCCUCAUGGAUCUGCAGCUUCUUCUACAUCUGUCCAAUUGCCUAAAGCAGUGAAUGCUAACGGGAAUCAGCCUGAUGAAGAUAGGCCUGAGCUGGCAGAAGCUGAUAUGGUUGUAUUUCUUGGUGAUUUCAACUACCGACUUUAUGGUAUCACUUAUGAUGAGGCAAGGGACAUGGUCUCGCAAAGAAGCUUCGACUGGCUUCGAGAAAGGGAUCAACUUAGAGCACAAAUGAAGGAAGGAAACGUGUUUCAAGGGAUGCGUGAAGGUUUUGUCAGAUUUCCUCCAACUUACAAAUUCCAAAGACACCAACCAGGCCUUGCAGGUUAUGAUUCGGGUGAGAAGAAGAGAAUACCUGCUUGGUGCGAUCGAAUAGUGUAUCGAGAUAGCCGUUCUGAAUCAUUAGGUGAAUGCUCGUUAGAGUGUCCCAUUGUUGCUGCAAUUACAUCAUACGAGGCUUGCAUGGAUGUGACAGAUAGUGAUCAUAAACCAGUGAACUGUACAUUUAAUGUUGAUCUUGCAAGAGUGGACGAGCUGAUAAGAAGGCAAGAGUAUGGAAAAAUAAUCGAAUCUAAUGAAAAAAUACGUUGUUUGCUUGAAGAGUCGCAUUGUGUUCCAGACACUAUAAUCAGCACAAAUAACAUUAUAUUGGAAAAUCAAGAAACUGUUGUUCUUCGGAUAGCCAAUAACUGUGGAACAAAAAGGUCUGCUUUUGAAAUCUUGUGCGAAGGCCAGUCGACGAGCAACCAGGAUGAUUUUGUUCCAAGGGCAUCCUACGGCUUUCCGCAUUGGCUUGAGGUUCAACCAUCCAUUGGUCUGAUUGAACCUGGAGAGACGAUGGAAGUUACCGUGCAUCACGAAAACUACUACACUCAAGAAGAAUUCGUCGACGGAGUUAUGCAAAACGGGUGGUGCGAAGUGACCAGGGAUAAGGAGGCUGUUCUGCUGGUCAAUGUGACAGGCAGCACCUCAACCGAAACCGUCACACACAGGAUCAACGUCCGGCACUGUUGUGCGGCAACCCCAGCUCCCCCGACCUCCAAUCUACUGGCCGUCACUGCCCCGCCUGGUGAUUCUUCAUCAAGUGAAGGUUCUGCAGAACGUUCUUCCAGGAAGAGCCAGUCGAAUCACUUGCACCGUUCUGACUUCGCGCUGUUCGGCAGCUCAGAGGUGCAAGACUUGUGCCGUAUGCGGAACAUGCAUGAAUAGGUCUAGUUUCUCGUGUUUGCUGUUUGAUGUAGGAGUUUUGUAUAGGGGGUGAAGUGAAGUUAUAGUUUUCUUACCUAAAUGAGGGGGAAGCUGCUCCACUGUUAACUCUGUACAUAUGCAGGUUCUCGCCAUUCUUCAUGUAACUGGGAAAAGAAAUGCAUAUAGUUACAGGAGAUAUUCUGUAGUUAGUUUUUUCGCAUGGUUUUUGUGGGUACGUGUGGUGUGGGAGAACUAGUAUCUUUGAGGAAAGAGUAGAAAAGGAAGUUGGUGUGAGUUGUGACUGAUCAAUGUACAUUUUACUUCAAUGAUAUGCAAUUCCCAUGGUUGCAGCAGACUGUA